AGAGACUGAUUCAGAUUCAGAGCAGUAUGCUCAUUCUGUCUUAACAUCUCACUCUGAUAUCGAUGUAUGCAGCCUGAGGUAAAAAUAUUUUAAUUACACUUUAUGUUAGAUUAUACGGUCUUUAACGACAUCCUGUAAAUGCGUCGGUCAUGUUUUGUUCUUGCUUGUUAUGUGCUUAACCCCUUUCUGUUGUUGAGUGCUGUGGAAUGUGUUAGUUGACAGUAGUCAGCAAGGGGGCUGAUAGUGAGGGGCAUAUUUAAAGGGACAGUUCACCCCCAAAUCAAAAAUACAUAUUUUUUGUCUUGCCUGUAGUGCUAUUUAUUAAUCUAGAUUGUUUUGUGUGUAUUUUCUUUCUAGUCAAUUUCCCACAUGAAACUGUUCACAACGUCUUGUGGAUUGUCUUGAGUAACUGGAUUAUGUAUUUUAAAAUGUCUUUUCAUUUUGAGCACCACAGCCAACCAAGUUCCGUCCAGUCCCAUAUAUUCGAGACAAGACCGAUAUCUCCAACGCUCGCCAAGCCACCCCAAAACAAUCUAGAAUUAUUAAUAAGCACGACAGGUAAGUAAAUUCGGGCAUGAAGUGUUCCAUUAAGUGUACAAAAAACAACCUGGGGUCCAAAGGACAGUUGAGAUAAAUGUCAAGUAUUUACACUGUCAGAAGAAUUUAAAUUGUUUAAGCUGUUUGCUCAAGGGUAUUUGCAUAAUGAGUCUUGUGAGCAAAAUAUGUCUUCAUAAAGAUAUAUGCUUCUUUUCAAUGUCAGCCUCCAGCACCUUGGCUUUCUGUGUAUUUCUGACUCUAAAUUGGUCUAACUGAAAUGGUAAGUCAUAACCAAUUAGUUAUAAAACAAACUAGAGCUCAAAGUGUCUAAAUCUGUUUACCCCUAGCCCCUAUCUACAUAUUUGUGCCUGAGCCAGUAGUUUUCAUAAUGAAUGCUGUUCAGGUCAUUGAGUUUUAUUUCUUCCUCUUUCAGGUGUUGUGUACGGUUACAGAGCCUGAGUAGAAAACCCAUAUCCCAGGAUGCAGUGGUGCAGGUGGGCUGGCAGUUGGAGAUCACACCUCCCAAGACAGUCUGCAGGGCCAGACAUAGAGGACUCUUUCGACUUUCUUUUCAAAAUCAUCCUGGUUGGGGAUUCAGAUGUGGGGAAGACCUGUGUGGUCCAGAGCUUCAAGUCUGGCAUAUUCAUUGAGAAGCAGCAAAACACCAUUGGGGUCGACUUUACUGUUCGUACCCUGGAUAUCGAUGGCAAGAAGGUGAAGAUGCAGGUGUGGGACACAGCAGGACAGGAGCGUUUCCGCACCAUAACUCAGAGCUACUACCGCAGCGCCCACGGGGCCAUGGUGGCCUAUGACAUCACACGUCGCAACACAUUUGAAUCUGUUACUCACUGGAUCAGGGAAGUGGAGCAGUUUGGAGCUGCCAGUGUGGUACUGAUCCUCAUCGGUAAUAAAUCAGACCUUCAAGCUCAGAGGCAGGUGUUGUUCGAGGAUGCGUGCACUCUGGCAGAAAACAACGGUGCGCUGGCUGCACUGGAAACCUCAGCCAAGGAGGCUCAGAACGUGGAGGCGGCCUUCGUCCUCAUGGCCCGGGAGUUGCUGGCACGCAACGGCAUGACCAUCAUGAACGAGAUUUCCCGAGACUUGCCUGAGUUCAUGUUGAGUAACAGCUCCCAUCCGGUCCACGGCACUGCGUCUUCAGAUAAAAAGUGUGGGUGCUGAGUGGACUGAAGCAGGGACGUGUUUAUGUUUGAAAAGUAGUGUUGACAAUUUAAGAGAAACUACAAAUGUACAUAUUUUGACUUUUAAUAUUUAUACAGUUUGGAGGAUUAGUAACAGGUUUUAAAUGGUGGCUGCUUAUCAAAUGGAUUUUUGUAAUAUUCUUCUUGGGAUAACUGCUGCUGAAUGUGUAAAGUGACUCCAGCAUUACAAAUGGCACCUCUGCUGGAAGACUCUGUGCUCAGAUUGUACAACAGUAUACACAAUGUUUUCACUCGACAGGCAACUUUUUGUGUCAUUCAUCCUUUUUAAUUGUUCUUUCAUAUUGUAGGUCUUCUUCAGUACACAGUUUUAAACCCUUAGUUGACACCUUACAAACCAUAUAUAUAUAAUAAAGCAGUACAUUGUGAAAUUUUCAC